AUGCCGUUUUCCGUUAACGGCAUCCUUUGCACGCUUGCGCUGCUGGUCCUGUGGCGGGUGGAGGAGCUCGCGGAAGCAUGCAGCUGCGCCCCGGUACAUCCGCAACAGGCGUUCUGCAACGCCGAUGUAGUGAUUAGAGCAAAGGUGGUGGGAGAGACAGAGGUGGAUUCUGGGAAUGAUAUCUAUGGGAACCCCAUCAAGAGGAUCCAAUAUGAGGUCAAACAGAUCAAGAUGUUCAAGGGGCCUACCCAGGACAUCGAGUCUGUCUUCACUGCUCCUGUGUCCGCUGUCUGUGGUGUUACCCUGGAUGCCAAUGGCAAGAAGGAGUACUUGAUCUCAGGCAAGGCCGAGUCUGGCGGGCGCAUGCAUGUGACCUUGUGUGAUUACAUCAUGCCCUGGGACUCCUUGACCAACACCCAGAAGAAGGGCCUGAGCCAGCGCUAUCAGAUGGGCUGUGAAUGCAAGAUUGUGCGCUGUCCCUCUUUGCCCUGCGAGAUCUCGGCUCCUGAGGAGUGUCUGUGGACGGACCUGAUGAUCGAGAAGCAGGUGCACGGACGCCAGGCCAACCACUACGCCUGCAUCAAGAGGGCGGACAACUCCUGCUCCUGGUACCGCGGCGUCGCAUCGCCCAAGAAGGAGUUCCUGGACGGCGAGGAGCCUUAAAAAUCACAUGGCACCGUGACUGCCGUCAGUGCACAGCCUGGCUGAAAAUAAAUGUAAACGAAUCCAUUGAAAUUUAAGAUAACAUCAGGCAAAUUAGCGAAUGUAACUGAAAUUACGCGCUGGUCUGAAAACAAUCUUUAGCCUCUCUUUGUGUUUGUCGUCCGUAAGAAUUUCAGUCAGAGAGGGCAGCGUUGCUCAACUUUAACUGACUCUGAGGAGGCUCAGAGGUUGUUCUCAGACGCAGUGUCUGUAAAAACAAAUAAAAUAGCAUCAUGAGACAUAGACUGGUCAAGUGAUGAUGUAACUUCCUCCUGAGGCUGGCGUCAGGAGGAUAUAAAUCCUCGGGUGAGACAGAGCACUUCCUGCCCUGCAAAGCUCUUUAACAGCUCUGCUCUCCGCAACUUCCACCUAUCAAUCUACCCCGAUCUACGGACGAUCAUUCGUUACCCAUCGUGUUUCUACUUUUAUUACCUCAUUCUCCAUUUUAUUCCAAAGCUAAAUUCCAAGUUGCCUUUUGUUAAAUGAUUGUCUCGCCCUCUCUCUCUCUCUCUCCCUCAACACUAUUAGUUUACUUGCAUCUCUCUUCUUCUCUGCUGGGAGCUGUUCGGCCACUGGUGACGUUGGACGCCCACAACGUGCUUAAACUCUUUAAAAAGAACAUGAGUCAUCUUUGCAUGGCUGUUUUUUUUUGUUUGUUCUCUCCUUUUUUCUUUCUUUUUUUUUUUAUUAUUUCAAGUGGUUUUUAACUGAAGCCUGUGGUCGUCACAGGCCUCACUGGACCAGUCUAUGCUGUGUAAAGAUGAGCGCUCUAAAUUUUAAACCUGUCUCGUGAGGUAAAACGACAGAAACAAAUCAGAAAUAUCCCAAAUUUCUCUCUCAUCUCAUCUUCAUCCCUUCUCCCUUGUUAUCCCCCACUAUGUAGCUGUACAGUACCUAUGCAUAUACUUUUGUUGUUACUUGAUAAUUAUUAUUAUAAUUUACUGCAUUAGAACUAGAUUUGCACUUUUUGAGGAUGAGUUCCAGUAAAGACAAGAGCCUGAACACUCUGAUGUGACAGUUAUUAAUCAUUCGCCCAGACGACAGAUCCACCUCAGGUGCAGAUUUCAUCUAUUUUGAGUGCUUUUGGUGAUCCAUAUUUACAAGCUUAUCUUUGUCAUAACAGAUAAAAUAGUACUUGCUAUGAACGAUUUAAAAAAACAAAAAACAAAGUGGCGUGUGAGAGGUUGCGGAUUUUAUGUGUGAAAGGGAAACAAAAAGAGCUUGUGGGAUGUUAUUUCAGUGUCUUUGUAUUAUCUGUUGAUUGUAAAUGCCAACAGCAGUUUCAUGAAUUGCCAAUAUAUUCUCGCAGACGGUUCAUUUCAUGAGUAAUAAGGUCUUUACAUGCUUAACGUUAGCUUUGACUCGUCUUUCCUGCUCCUUCCAGUUAUUAAUGAAAGCUUUAUCGCUGUCAUAGAAAGCAAGUUACUCGAUAAUCGAAGUUUACAGUGCUGUUUUAUACACCUCGAGCUACAUUAACAAAAAAAAUAUAUAUAUGAUGGAGUAUUAGAGGCAUAAUUUAAAAAGUAAACUCUUUCCAUUUUCCAUUACUUUGUAUUUUUUCAGUGUUAUUAUUAUACCUGUCAUGAUUUUUGUGUGUUUUUCGCUGUCUUUGUCUACGAUGUCUUUAGCUGUAGUGUCGAGUUGAGAAGGUCCUCUUGCGCUGGAGUAACGUGAGAGUGAGAGAGAUUAAUGCUUUUUGGAGAGGUGUAGAGAAAUGAGAAAUGGAUACCUUGUGUGAAUAGAGGACUGUGCAUGUGUUUGAUGCUUUGUGUAAGUCCGGGCGAAGGACAAAAUAUUCAGUAUUAUCAAAUAAAAAAACACACGUUUGAAAGAAUAAA